AUGCUUCUACAACAUGUGAUCCUGGGAACUCUUUACAUUACUCAGACAGGAGUUGGGAUCCUGGGCAACUCCAUCCUCCUGUCCUUUUUCAUCUUCACUAGAUGUAAGCUGAGACCCAUAGACCAAAUCAUUAGCAACCUAAUUUUAGGAAAUUUCAUCUUCUUAUUCUCCAAGGGCAUCCCAAUGACAAUAUCUGCAUUUGGAAUGAUAGGUUUUAUGGAUGACACAGGGUGCAAACUUGAUCUUUACUUUCAGAGAGUUGCCCGGGGUCUUUCUAUCUGUAGCACUUCCCUUCUGAGUGGCUUCCAGGUUAUCAUCCUCACUCCCAUCAACUCCCAGUCAAAAGAGAUUAAAACCAGAGCGCCCAAAUACAUCACCUUUUCCUGUGUCUUCUGUUGGCUCUUCAACUUGUUCAUAGAAAUUGGUAUAGCCAUAGGUACAAAAGGCCUACAGAAAAAUACCAACUUCACGGCACCAAUUGACCUCAUUUUCUGUACCUGGAAAUUUCCAGUUCAGAAUUUUGUAUUAUUAAGUACCUUCCGGGAUGUUUUCUUUGUGGGAAUGAUGAUAUGCACCAGUAUCUACAUAGUGAUUCUCCUGAGGAAACACAGCCAACAAGUCAAACACUUGCAAAGAACCAGACGAUAUGCCAGAGUCUCCCCAGAAUUCCGGGCUGCCAGGACCAUCUUGCUAACAGUAAGCACAUUCAUUUCUUUUUAUUUAGUCAAUGGCCUCUUUGCUAUGUACCAAAACUACUUUCUUCAUUCUAGUACUUGGCUAGUGAAUGUGUCUUCAUUUCUGGUGCUAUCUUUCCCAACCAUUAGCCCCUUCCUCCUGAUCCAUGGAGAUUCCCAAAUGGGCAGGGCCUUCUGUGCUUCCUGA